AUUUUGAAGCAAUUAUCUUUUUUUUUUGUUCUUGUAGGAUUCACCAGUAGAAACGCAUUUUGGUACUAUCUUCUAAUUCUAAACCCUACAAAUCAUCCAAAUUAAUUUUUCAAACCGUAUUCUCCCACUCGCACUAACUCAAUUAUCUCUUGUCCGAGAAUCUAGAGAUGCACUAAAACACAAACCUAUCAAAGACUCGUAAUCGCUUUUUGAAUCGAUAGUAUGAGCGGGCAUCCCCUCUUGAAGAAGCCCAAAACCGAGCCACAAGAAACAGCGCAACAACUGGAACAAGAUGAAGAAGAGGAAAACAAUGAUGAAGAAAUGGAAGAGCAAAUCAGAAAUGAGCAGGAAGAAGCGAUGGUGGCCCUAAUAGAACAUCGCACCAAAGAAGUCGAGCACUUGCGCCAGCGCAUUACUUACUAUAAAGCCCAGCUUGAUGAAGCAGAGAAGAAACUGGAAGAUACCCAAAAUAAAUUAGCUCGUCAUCGAGGACAGAAGACCUCAAAAGCUUCAAAAAAUUUAACUAAUGGAAGGAAAGAGCUCAAUGUUGAAAGAUCUAAAAGUCCUAUGACUAUUCGUGAAGGUUCUCAAAGACAGUCUCAACGUCAGGAUGAUGUGAAGCCCUCUGGAGAUACCAGAAGACCAUCUAGCCCUACAUAUAGAAAUGAAGCUUCCUCUCCCGACCAAACUCAGGCGAGACCACAAAUUCUAAUUCCUUCUGUGGCUCCAAAUUUUUCCCAAUAUAAGACAAAGGAAUCUGCAAAUAAGUAUCCCAGUGGUUCUGGAUCACUGCCCACUUUACCGACACCAUCUUUUGUCAAUACCCCUGCUAAGUCCAAGGGAGAAAAAGCUUCUAAGAUAUCAUCUGAGCUGGAUUCCAUAACACAACCAAAAAGAGUAAAGAGGAAGCUUGAGGAGACUGAACAUAAAGAUCUAAUCAAGUUGAUUAGCAAAAGCUCUUCGCCUGUCACAGUACGCUGUCAGUCUGGCACACUUUUACCUAGUCAACACAAAAGGAAGCAAAGAACUCUCGUUCUCUGUCCAACAAAUGAUCAAUUAUUCGCUACCAGUGCAUUGGAUGGAGUAGUCAACCUGUGGCAAGUACAAAACCGAGGUUCUAGUGCCAGUCUUCUCAGUAGUACUGAUUGUCUAUCCGACAAGCAGAGGAGAUGGCCAGAAGAUAUAGCUUGGCAUCCACAUGGAAAAAAACUUUUUUCAGUUUAUAGUGCUGAUAGUGGUGAUUCUCAGAUAUCAAUUAUGAAUCUAAACAAGGGAAAAGAGAAAACACGUGUGAACUUUCUUGAAGACAAGCCCCACACUAAGGGCAUUAUCAACAGCAUUGCAUUCAUGCCAUGGGAUGAUAAAUUUUUCGUAACUGGCGGAAGUGAUCAUGCUGUAAUCCUUUGGACUGAAAAAGACGAAGAAGACUCGUGGAAACCUAAAACAUUGCACAGAUCUUAUCACUCCUCUGCUGUCAUGGGGAUUGCCGGAAUGCAGCAAAAAAAUAUUGUGAUGUCUGUUGGUGCUGACAAGCGGAUUAUUGGGUUCGAUGUAACAACUUCCAGAGCAGAUUAUAAACACCAGAUAGAAAGCAAAUGCAUGAGUGUUCUACCAAAUCCAUGCGACUUCAACCUCUUUAUGGUUCAAACGGGGACUCCGGAGCGACAGCUUAGACUGUAUGACAUCAGAUUGAGGCAAAUGGAGAUUCAUGCAUUCGGGUGGUCUCAAGAGCGCAGUGAUUCACAGUCGGCCCUUGUUAAUCAGGCUUGGUCUCCAGAUGGUCUGUACAUAACUUCUGGGUCAGCUGACCCUGUAAUCCACGUGUUUGAUAUUAGAUACAACGCUCACAGGCCAUCCCAGUCGAUACGAGCUCAUCACAAACGAGUCUUCAAAGCAGCAUGGCACCAUGCUCUCCCUCUCCUCAUCUCCAUAUCUUCAGACCUGAACAUAGGGUUGCACAAAAUCAUGUGAGCUAAAAUACAAAGUAUUCAAAGAUGGACCAUAAAUGCGAAGAGCAUUGAUUCUUGGACAUGGACAAGUGUUGUGACUGCUUCCUUUUGGAAUAUUUGGUUUUGGUUUAAAGCCAACCGAGUUAAAAGAGCACAGCAGUGGUGCAAAAAUUUUGUACAAAUAUUACAUGACAGUGAAAUACAUAUAGCAGAAGGCUCAUUUUGCGAGCUACCGGCCGGCUCUUGUCGAGCGUUCA